AUGGAUUUACUUUUGGCAAAAGCAAUUUGCAUUUUUGCAUUUUUGUCAGUUGCAACAGGGGGGUGUGCAAUACCUUAUAUUUUGGGUUUAUUUGGAAAGAGGAACAGAAAUAAAUAUGAAAGCAAGGUGAAAAAUAUAUUAUCGAAUUUAAAUUGUUUUGGAGCCGGCUUUAUUUUUUCAAUUGUUAUGUUUCAUUUGCUUCCAGAAACAAUUAUUAUUGCAAGUUCGCAUAAAGACAUUACCAUAUUUAAGACCCAUGAUCCUGAAAUGAAAAUUUUAUUUAUAUUUUUUUUUGUUUUUGUGGGGUUUUGUAUGCAACUGGCUUUAGAAUAUGUUUUACCCACCGAUGCUAAGCUAUGUUGUGUUGAUCAUGGGGCCGUGAGAUUUACCGAUGAUAAUAAUCAUAUCCUAAAUGUAACAAACCAUACAUUAGAUAAUCCAAAUCCCGAGAUCCCCAACGCGUCUAUCAACGCAGAUAUACAUUAUCACCCACACGAAGGUGACCAUUCUAGUCACAAAAAUCGAUUAACAAAAAUUUUAGAUGUAUUAGCAUUACAAUCUUUUUUCUUAACAAUUUCUUUGGCUAUACAUUCUGGAAUUGAAGGAAUGAUUGUUGGGACAUCGGAUGAUUCGCAUUUCGUUUUUAUAACCACAUUUUGCAUUUUGUCGCAUAAGUGGAUAGCCGGAGUUACAGUUUCGCUUUCCUUAAAUCGGAAUCACAUUAGCCAAAAUCUCAAGAUAAUUCUACUUUUGAUUUUUAUUUUUUCAUCGCCCCUUGGGAUAAUUGUUGGGCAUAUGGUUCACUCAUCAGGAGAAAAAGUUACAUGUGUAAUAAAUGCAGUAUCUAUAGGGACGCUGCUUUUCAUCGGUUGCGAGAUACUUCUAAACGAGAUCCAAAUGAAGUUUACGAGGAAAGUUCGGUUUUCUAAAUGGCUUAGCUUUUGCUCAUCAUGUUUAAUUGCGUUUUCAAUAAUUUAUUUUACAUCACAUAUUGCUCCACAUCAGCAUUCACACGAAUUGAAUGUGGAAAGAUAA